AUGUCUGAAUCCAACAGCCAAGUCAAAGACGAUAUUAAAAAGGCUUACGACGAUGUCGCCAAUACCUACCUCACCUGGACGCAAUCGAGUCACAAAACACGUCUAUCUUACCUCGAGCCCAUGCUUGAUUCCCUAAAUACCACGGAUCAGAUCAGCGUCCUUGAGCUCGGCUGUGGUGCCGGGGUACCAUGCACCCAACUUCUCGCAUCGCGCGGAUACAACGUCACAGCAAACGACAUCUCCUCGGCCCAGAUCGCACUCGCAAGAGAGCAUCUUCCGGGCUCUGUAAAGCUGAUCGAAGGGGACAUGAUGAAACUAGAAUUUGAGCAGCAAUUUGAUGCUGUCUUGGCUAUGUAUUCCAUCUUCCAUCUUCCCCGCGAUGAGCAGAGUGUCAUGCUUCGUCGCAUUUUUGGAUGGUUGAAGCCUGGGGGUCAGCUAUUGGCAAAUUUCCCCGAGUCCAGCUUUGAGACUGCUUCCGAUCAGUCUUGGCUAGGUGGGACGAAGGGGGCCAUGCAUUGGAGUGGCUGGGGGAGGACUGAGACUAGAAGGCUUCUCGUGGAGACUGGCUUUGAUGUGGUUGUGGAUGAGGUUGUUGUGGAUACAGAGGAGCAGAAUGGGGCUGCGAAAGAUGUUCCAUUUCAGUGGAUUAUUGCGAGGAAGUGA